UCUGUUCAUUCUCUCUCACAACUUGUUGUACAUUUUGUUUUUGUUAUGAAAAUUGUGAAGAAUCAUCGCCACGUAUGUCGUACGGCAAUUAAAUUUUUUUUUUUUUUUUUUUUUUUUCUCCUUAACACAACGAAUUUACGUUUCUUUGGUGUUGGCUGGAUCGCAGUCAGUAAUCCCUAUUGUCAGAACUGAUAAAUUGAACGUAAAUUGUCAAGCAUUUGUUUGGUAAUAUUUUUAUAGUUACUUUCAAGCACCAAUCGAACAUAUUCCCAUAAUAGAUAGGCACACGGGAUCGAUUAAAUGUUAAAUCUAAUUAAUUUCAUCGCGUCAGCCAAUGAUGUUACGUCGAAACAAAUUUAAUCAUAUUUUUUUUAGCCCAACACUCUACAGCCAAAUCAUACAAAAUACAGAGUUUUCUGCUACACGCUACUCGCGUAACCUGCUCACUUAUCGAAUUAUAUAGAGCGCUUAGUAAUUAAAAUGUUUCGAGAUUGGUAUUGGAUGAGCGCCACCGGAAAUUUAGCGAGAGCGCGCAAAAGCUGAUGCUCUCGAAUUCGCGAUUUUCCCGGCCAGCUUGUAGAGUCCGUGUAAGGGCACUUUCUCCCCUUUAAUGGCGCCCGAGACAUUUAAGUACAAUAAAAUUAUUAUCACUGGAGCGAGCGCGAGUGGUUUGUCCCUCGUCGGGGCUCAGCCCUCGAAACAAUCGCUCACAACGCAACAUCAGCACUUCCAAAAUCCAUGCCCGUCAUCUAGUGACUUUAGUGACAUUCGCAUGCCAGCCUGACUAUCGAUUGUCAUUAUUUAUAUCGUACGUUUCCUCUGCAGUCAUCGAUUCACUUUUUACAUUUUACAUUUUUACAGUAAUGAGGGAAACAAGUUUAGUUUAGCCCCGGACGGUACGGUCAAGUUACACGGGUGGCAGGGCGAACCCAUGCGCGAACCCAGGCGCUGAGGUAGGCUAGGAAGAGGAAGAGUCGAGGCGAUAAGACGAGUGGUUCGACGAGAGCGAGGAGAGUUAAAAAAGAGGUGGCGAGAGAAGAUCCGUGCGUGGUGGUGGCGGUGGUCUGCGUGUGCGGUGUGUGCGCGAGAGACGAGGAAAUAAGAGGCUCAGAGCUGGGCGAGACACGAAAUGACGGAUAGCAGCCAGCAGCAGCAGUUCUGCUUGCGUUGGAAUAACUUUCAGGCCAACAUCACGAGCCAGUUCGAGGCCUUGCGCGAUGACGAGGAUUUCGUCGACGUUACUUUCGCUUGCGAUGGCAGGCGGCUGCAGGCCCACAAGGUCGUCCUCUCGGCAUGCAGCCCCUACUUCAAGGAGCUCUUCAAGACAAAUCCUUGUAAGCAUCCGAUAAUUUUCAUGAGAGACGUCGAAUUCGAACAUCUACAGUCUCUCUUGGAGUUUAUGUAUGCUGGAGAAGUUAACAUUUCACAAGCGGAGCUUCCAACAUUUUUGCGCACUGCAGAGUCUCUUCAAAUUCGUGGCCUCACUGACUCCCAAAGCAAUCAGCACAACGAAAAGCAUUCAAAAGCAAACAAUAUCAAUGCUUCAAAUGGUCGGGGACUCGUAUCUCCAAAUUUUGAUGACGAGCGUAGUAAAUCACCGCCUCCAUCAAGCCCUCCACCAUUAAAAAGGCUGUGCAAGAGAAGUGAUUCACCCCAGAAUUCUAGUCCAGCAACAAAUAUACCACCAUGUGCCACCAGUACACCUCGCUCUCGACCUCUCAUUGAACCUCAAGUUCAGCUCGACUGCUACAAAGACACCGACAUUGUUGAGCCUAAAGUUGAAUUACCAGAAUAUGGAAGUGACGAUGAAUCCAAACAAGAUCUUAAUACACUACCUGGAGGUUUUCUCAGUUUGGAUGGUGGAAUGGAAGUUUUACCUUCUUAUCCACCAACGUAUUCUGGUAGUGGAAUGGAAAGUGGAAUGCCUGGGCCAUCGCAUGGAAAUACAGAACUAAAUCAAGAGCAGCAGGCUGACCUGCGUAAACUGCACUCGCUGGACCCGCGUCCCUGUCCUGUGUGCAACCGCAUGUACAGUAACUUGUCCAACCUGCGGCAGCACAUACGCCUCAUCCACAACCCCCAGAGUGUCACAUGCCCUCUAUGUAGCAAGCCGUUCAAGACUAAGCUGUAUCUCAAGCGACACCUCGUCAGCUUCCACGAGCUGAGCGUCGCGGACCGCCUGCGACAGGAGGAAAUCUACCACCAGCAGGCCAGCGUAACAACGUCCCCGGGGAGUGGGAAGAGCGCGGUGGCGGUUGCGGCCUCCUCGUCCUCCUCGGCGAGCAGCAACAGCCUAUCGACCCACCAGACGGCGGCCUCCUCGCCCUCCUCGUCUACGGACAAUGCCGGGAAGCUCGUGCUCAGCCAAGGUCUCAACGACGUCGUCGUGCACGACGAUGGUCUCAUGACGACGACGUCGAGCUCGACCGCGGCUGUUGCGGCCGUCGCCGCCGCCGCCGCCGCAGCCGCCAUCGCCUCGUGCGCGGCGACGGCUGUGACGACGACGCCGAGCGGCGUCACGGAGCAGCAGAAGCUGCGCUUUCAGAGCCCGGCCGUGACCGCUCCUAGUGGCUCGAGCGAUGGGCCUUAUGCCCUCGAAGUUGGACAACUGGCGGAUUCGAAGUCGAGUGGCUUCGCCGGGGGCAUGCUACAGUUCAACGCAACCUUUCACUAAUAUCGCCUCUCUUCUUAUUCUCAUUUUUCUUUUAAUACGAAGUAUUCUCUCACUUUUCGUUAUUAUACUAUUGCGCUGUGAAUUUAUUUGGAGAACUUUUAAGCAACGUAUGUUUCUGGAGUUUAGCAAUAAUUUUGAUUUAGCGCUGCAAGGUGGUCAAUGUUUAUUAAGCUUAAUCGAGUCGAGUUUAUCAAGCUUAUUAAUUGGUUUAUGUCGCCCCUUGGCCGUUAUCCUCAAUGAAUCAAGCGCUAUUCAAAUAUAAAUAAAUCUCGUAAAAAUAUAAUGACACGUACGAUCGAAUGCAUUAUUACAUUUCGGAUAUUUCGAGAUAGCGGCGAAGUUGGUUACACGAGAUUCAAAGUUCAAAUUAUAAAGCGUGCGUAGGGCCACGAUUUAAUAAGUCUUGUAAAACCGCAUGACGAGUCUCAAAUUAACUGGACUUGGGACCUCGAGACCCGAUCGGCACGUUAAAUAUUGAUAACCUUGCGCUGUUAAAUUAAAAACUGGGGAUGAACUCACAAGUACCUGAUCACAAAUUUUUAUGUCAAAAGUAGAUACGGUCCAGCUACUUACUGAAUUCUAGACUCGUAUGUGUGUUGCUUUUAAUGGAUCAAAGUUCUUGCUUUGAACAUAAAAAUUUAUGAUAAAUUCGCGUGACAUACGUAGAUAUUUAUUAUUUUUAUAGCAUUAAUUUAUUAUUUCUAUUCAAUUGCCCAGUAUCUUUGUGAUAUAUGCAUCUGCACGCAUAUAUGUAUAGAAUUUUUCGUGGAUAUGCAUACGUGUGUGCGCUUGUGUAUGUCGACACAAGUCGUUGCGUUAUUAGGUUAUUUAUCAUCAUAUUCUUAACAUUCAUUUUUAUUCGCCUGUAUUUUAUGUAUCGUGUUGACAUUUUAACCCCAAAAACCAUGUGUGACUGAACCAGAUACGUACGAUGAUAGAUGAACAAAAGAUUUUACAAGACUAUAGCUAGUCGACUGAGCGAGGUUUUAGGAGAAUAUGAUAAAAACAAAAACAAGGCUGAUUCUAUUUAACG